GGAAGUGAGGUCAGACCGGCAGCUUUCCCGGGAGUUCGGCGUUUGCUGGAGCUGCAGCGAUUGUAGAAGUGGUGUUUUCGUGAGCCUGGCGGUCCCCUCUCCCGGGCGCCACCUCCCCGCCCGGCGGGCAGACCCUCGAGGAGGCAGCUUGGGUCUGCUCGGCUACUCCGGGAGAGGAAGACGGCGCCCAGGAAGGCCGGGCCCCCGGGGCAGGGCCGGGAGCUGGCGGGGCGAAUCCCUGGCUGGCUGGGGAGUCUCAGGGCGUCCCCGGGAGCUUUCUCUGUACCCCGCGAACGUCGGGGCUCCUGAGGGUUGGGACUUUUCUGCUCCCCUCCCCCACUCUCUGUCUUUGAAGGAAGAGCCCCCAGAGAGAGACAACUUUCCGGGCUGCUGCCGCCUUUGCCCUCCCAGGCCCGAAGUGACCUGCCAUGACCUCGUGAGCUACUGAGCGAUUUCUGCCACUUUCCAGAGGCCUAGGGUGUUGUAUCUCAACUUACUGAGCCAGACGUGCCUGCCAUUAUGGGAAAUCAACUUGCUGGCAUUGCUCCCUCCCAGAUCCUGUCUGUGGAGAGUUACUUCUCGGACAUCCAUGACUUUGAAUAUGAUAAGAGCCUGGGAAGUACUCGGUUUUUCAAAGUUGCUCGAGCGAAGCAUCGAGAAGGCCUGGUGGUCGUGAAGGUCUUUGCGAUUCAGGAUCCCACGUUGCCUCUCACGAGCUAUAAACAAGAGCUGGAGGAGCUGAAGAUCCGGCUCCACUCUGCACAGAACUGUCUGCCUUUCCAGAAAGCGGCAGAAAAAGCUUCUGAGAAAGCAGCUAUGCUCUUUCGGCAGUAUGUCCGAGACAACCUCUACGAUCGCAUCAGUACGCGGCCGUUCUUAAAUAACAUUGAGAAGCGCUGGAUCGCCUUCCAGAUCCUGACGGCUGUGGACCAGGCACAUAAAUCCGGGGUCCGUCACGGGGACAUCAAGACUGAAAAUGUGAUGGUCACCAGUUGGAACUGGGUUCUGCUAACUGAUUUCGCCAGUUUUAAACCCACUUACCUUCCAGAGGACAAUCCAGCAGAUUUCAAUUAUUUCUUUGACACUUCACGGAGAAGAACUUGCUAUAUUGCUCCUGAACGUUUUGUUGAUGGUGGGAUGUUUGCCACAGAGUUAGAAUAUAUGAGAGAUCCUUCAACUCCACUUGUGGACUUAAAUAGCAAUCAGAGAACAAGAGGAGAGUUGAAAAGAGCAAUGGACAUCUUUUCAGCAGGUUGUGUGAUUGCUGAACUUUUUACUGAAGGUGUACCAUUGUUUGAUCUCUCUCAACUGUUGGCUUAUAGAAAUGGACAUUUUUUCCCUGAACAAGUGUUAAAUAAAAUUGAAGAUUGCAGUAUCAGAGAAUUGGUAACUCAGAUGAUUCAUCGUGAGCCAGAUAAACGAUUAGAAGCAGAGGAUUACUUAAAGCAGCAACGUGGCAAUGCUUUUCCUGAAAUAUUUUACACUUUUCUUCAGCCCUACAUGGCCCAAUUUGCCAAGGAAACAUUUCUCUCUGCAGAUGAGCGUAUUCUGGUUAUACGGAAGGAUUUGGGCAACAUUAUUCACAAUCUCUGUGGCCAUGAUCUCCCGGAAAAAGCGGAAGGAGAGCCUAGGGAAAAUGGGCUGGUUAUCUUGGUGUCAGUCAUAACGUCUUGCCUGCAGACCCUCAAAUACUGUGAUUCCAAACUUGCUGCCUUGGAACUUAUUCUCCAUUUGGCCCCAAGAUUAAGUGUGGAAAUCCUUUUGGAUCGUAUUACACCUUAUCUUCUGCAUUUCAGUAAUGACUCUGUUCCUAGGGUGAGGGCUGAAGCCUUGAGAACUUUGACCAAAGUCCUUGCUCUUGUCAAAGAAGUUCCCCGCAAUGAUGUCAAUAUCUAUCCGGAAUACAUUCUGCCAGGCAUAGCCCACUUAGCCCAGGAUGACGCUACUAUUGUUAGACUAGCCUAUGCUGAAAACAUAGCUCUACUGGCAGAAACAGCUCUGAGAUUCCUGGAAUUAGUACAGUUAAAAAACCUCAAUAUGGAAAAUGACCCCAAUAGUGAAGAAAUAGAUGAAGUUACACAUCCGAAUGGAAAUUAUGACACAGAGCUCCAAGCCUUACAUGAAAUGGUCCAGCAGAAAGUUGUUACUUUGUUAAGUGACCCUGAAAAUAUUGUGAAACAAACCUUAAUGGAAAACGGAAUAACACGGCUGUGCGUAUUUUUUGGACGUCAGAAAGCCAAUGAUGUUUUAUUGUCUCACAUGAUCACUUUCCUAAAUGAUAAGAAUGAUUGGCAUCUGCGUGGAGCUUUUUUUGAUAGUAUAGUUGGUGUUGCUGCCUAUGUUGGCUGGCAGAGCUCCUCAAUUCUCAAGCCCCUGCUGCAACAAGGUCUUAGUGAUGCCGAGGAAUUUGUUAUUGUGAAGGCUCUUAAUGCCCUUACUUGUAUGUGCCAGUUAGGGCUGUUACAAAAACCCCAUGUCUAUGAAUUUGCCAGUGAUAUUGCCCCCUUCCUGUGUCAUCCUAAUCUAUGGAUACGCUAUGGUGCUGUGGGAUUUAUCACAGUGGUAGCCCAUCAAAUAAGCACAGCUGAUGUCUACUGUAAACUGAUGCCUUAUCUUGGUCCAUACAUUACCCAACCAAUAAUACAGAUUGAAAGAAAACUUGUUCUGCUCAGUGUCUUAAAAGAGCCAGUAAGCCGUUCUAUAUUUGAUUAUGCGUUGAGGUCUAAAGAUAUUACUAGCUUGUUCAGACAUCUUCACAUGCGUCAGAAGAAACGAAAUGGGUCUCUUCCUGACUGCCCUCCGCCAGAGGAUCCUGCCAUCGCACAGCUUCUAAAGAAACUUCUAUCACAGGGAAUGACAGAAGAAGAGGAAGACAAACUUCUGGCACUGAAGGACUUUAUGAUGAAAUCUAACAAGGCCAAGGCCAAUCUAGUGGACCAGAGCCAUCUUCACGAUAGUAGUCAGAAAGGUGUAAUUGACUUAGCAGCCUUAGGAAUAACUGGGAGACAAGUUGAUCUUGUUAAAGCCAAACAAGAACCAGAUGACAAGCGAGCUAGAAAACAUGUAAAACAAGACUCAAAUGUAAAUGAAGAAUGGAAAAGCAUGUUUGGGUCACUGGAACCACCGACAAUCUCACAGGCACUGCCUAAGGCGAGUGACCAGGAGGUGAUUCAGGCUGGGAAGCCUCCACGUUCUGAGUCCUCUGCUGGCCUUUGUGUCCCUUUGUCUACUUCUCCACAGAUUGCAGAAGUGACAAAUGUCCAGAAUAAAAAACCAGUAAUACAGGUUUUAAGUAGUACAAUUUUGCCAUCUACCUAUCAGAUUCGGAUCACAACGUGUAAAACUGAGCUUCAGCAGCUCAUACAGCAGAAGCGGGAGCAGUGCAAUGCUGAGAGGAUAGCGAAGCAGAUGAUGGAAAAUGCCGAGUGGGAGAGCAAACCCCCCCCACCUGGGUGGCGUCCUAAAGGGCUACUGGUUGCACAUCUUCAUGAACACAAAUCUGCUGUGAAUCGAAUUAGAGUCUCUGAUGAACACUCACUCUUUGCAACAUGUUCAAAUGAUGGCACAGUGAAAAUCUGGAAUAGUCAGAAGAUGGAGGGGAAGACCACCACUACAAGGUCUAUUCUCACAUACAGCCGAAGUGGAGGUCGAGUGAAGACACUCACAUUCUGCCAGGGCUCCCACUACUUAGCUGUGGCGUCGGAUAAUGGUGCUGUCCAGCUUCUUGGAAUUGAGGCUUCUAAGCUCCCCAAGUCUCCUAAGAUCCAUCCUCUACAAAACAGAAUUCUGGAUCAGAAGGAGGACGGCUGUGUUGUGGACAUGCAUCACUUCAACUCAGGGGCACAGUCCGUUCUCGCCUACGCCACCGUGAAUGGCUCUCUGGUUGGCUGGGACCUCAGGUCUUCAAGCAACGCCUGGACGUUAAAGCAUGACUUAAAGUCAGGCCUCAUCACUUCUUUUGCUGUGGAUAUCCACCAGUGCUGGCUCUGCAUUGGUACAAGCAGUGGAACCAUGGCUUGUUGGGACAUGAGGUUCCAGUUGCCCAUUUCCAGUCACUGUCAUCCUUCCAGGGCUCGGAUCAGGCGCCUCUCAAUGCACCCCCUGUAUCAGUCCUGGGUGAUUGCAGCUGUUCAGGGUAACAACGAAGUGUCCAUGUGGGACAUGGAGACUGGUGACAGAAGAUUUACUCUCUGGGCCAGCAGUGCACCGCCACUCUCAGAGUUACAGCCUUCUCCUCACAGUGUCCAUGGGAUCUACUGUAGUCCUGCAGAUGGAAAUCCUAUCCUGCUAACAGCUGGCUCAGACAUGAAAAUAAGGUUUUGGGACUUGGCUUACCCAGAAAGGUCCUAUGUUGUGGCAGGAGGCAGUAGUUCCCCAUCUGUGUCCUACUACAGGAAGAUAAUUGAAGGGACAGAAGUUGUUCAGGAAAUCCAGAAUAAGCAGAAGGUAGGGCCGAGUGACGACGCCCCUCGAAGAGGGCCAGAGUCUCUGCCGGUGGGACAUCACGACAUCAUCACGGAUGUUGCCACGUUCCAGACAACACAGGGCUUCAUCGUCACUGCCUCCAGAGAUGGGAUUGUGAAGGUGUGGAAAUAAGAACCUGCUGAUUUGUGUAAACUGUAAUUAAGUUAUAAAUAGACUGUAACUCGAGAAAAGGUACUUCUAGAGAACAGAAGGGAGAACAGAUUCGUUUAAUUCAAAAUUGUGGUUCUACAUCCAGGUGGGUAUGGAAGUGGUACUUGGCUUAUCUACUUGUGCACUUCUCUGUAAGAAUCAGCCAGACAAUAACCUGGAUGUUUUAUUGUAUAUGUAUGCAAUGGAGGUGAGAAAUGUGAAGAUGGUUAUGGUCUCGGUUUAUUUUGUAUUGAAGAAGAUGGUUGUAAAGCUAUUAUAAUGUAAACAUGUUUUUGUUAUUAAAAAUGUGGUAAACCAUA